CUGCUGCGAAGAAUGGCUUACCCCUGUCGCUACAGUGACCUCAUUCACCGCUUUCACCGAUCUGUCCCUGAACUCAGCAUGAUAUCUAACACUGUACUUGACACUGUUUACUACCUUCACCACCUUCGCCUGACUACAUGGAACGACCAGCUUCUUAGCCCUGUACAACUGCAGCAAUAUGCAGAGGCCAUUUACAACAAGGGAAGCCCACUGAACAACUGUUUCGGCUUCGUCGAUGGGACAGUUCCGCCGAUAUGCAGGCCAGGCGUACAUCAACGCAUCGUUUAUAAUGGACAUAAACGUGUCCAUGCCAUUAAAUUUCAGUCCGUAGUAGUCCCAAAUGGAAUGGUGGCGAAUAUGUACGGCCCAGUAGAAGGCCGAAAGCAUGACUCAGGGAUGUUAAAAGACUCUGGCCUGCUUCAAAGUCUACAACAACAUGCAUUUGGUCCAACAGGGCAGCCAAUGGCCCUUUAUGGAGACCCUGCCUAUCCUUUGCGUGUCCACCUCCAGGUCCCAUUUAGAAAUGGGACAGGAGGUUUAACACCGGACAUGGAGGCAUUCAAUGAAGGCAUGAGUGCUGUAAGGUCGUCAGUAGAGUGGUUAUUUGGAGAUAUUCUUAAGUCUUUUAAAUUUUUGGAUUUUAAGAAGAACCUCAAGAUUUCAUUAAGUUCUGUUGGAAAAAUGUAUUUAGUCUCUGCCAUAUUUGAUUUUUUUUACUGUGAUCCUCCAACCUUGCAACAGUACUUGAUAACAUAA